AUGUCAAUGACACUAACAUUGAUAGCGAUAUCAUUUCCUGCUUGGGAGGCAGCGUUAACAAUUACCGGAGCAACGCAGGCAAAAGGUCUUUGGUUGGACUGCUUCUCUGAUAACAUGACCGUCAUCAUGAGCAACAAAACUGAAUGUGUUAUGGUAGGUUAAGAUCGGGUAGGGUAAGGUAGGCUAAGGUAAAAUAGGUAGGGUAGAGAAGAGUAGGGUACGGUUGUUCAAAUAAUUAUCUGCCCCUAUCCUCAAAAAUUUGCUAUGAGAUGGGGCACAUAAUUAUUCGAACAAUUUAAUAAUACUAUUCAUAAAAAGCUAUAUUUCAGAACGAAGAUUCCUAUGCGGAGGUAUCCUUGGCCAUGGCUGGAACAUCGAUUUUGCUUCAGUGGUCGGCGAUUAUUUGGUCGAUUUUCAGCUUUUGUGUUUGUUGUUGUCCCGCCCUAUUCGGCCCGAUUGGAGCGUUGAAGUUUGUUGCCUGUUGCUUGAAUAUUAGCACAGUUUAUUACUGGUACUCACAGACUAGAGAUGGUAAGGUUUUACAUGUUGUUAUUGAGCUUGGAAGCAAAGUUGUGUUUUGGUAUUAAAGUAUUGGGUUGUAUAACUACUAGUAAUACCUGAUUUCGAAAGAAGAUAUAGAGAAGGGAGGGCAUUCUUCUUUUCUUGAAGUACUCUUGAGUGUACCUCUUCAAAGCUAGGAGAAGAAUUUAAAUUUUUCAGACCAGAGGGCUGAUAAAAAUCAAAAAUUUUGCUUCCAAAACCUAUAAAAUGUAAAAUAAUGUAUCUUCAGAGUUCUUUGAAUACCUUGACGAAGCAAAUGCUCACGGUGCUGACACAUCCUUCUUCACGACCUACUUCAAUCCAGCUGCCUUCUGUUUAUACAUUAUGUUUGCCAGCGCUUUCAUUCUCUUAGUGGUCACUAUCCUCGCUCAAUUCAUUCAGUAUCUACUGAGCAAGGCUAAAGUCGGAUAA